AGGGGUCAAUAUAGCACUACUUCAUCUAUCCUUGUCCCGCGCCCGUGUAACCGGGCACAGAUUGGAGGAUGACUAAGCCUAGCCUCGCAACUCUUCCCUAACUGGAACCACGAGCCAAAAUAAUCAUCCUCCUCAUAUUCCCACAUGCCACCACCUCGGAUACACCAGAUCAGAGGAACACUCACUCCGUUCCUCUAUCCGCUUCUAUGGGAAGAGGCGUGCGUGGGCGUCGGUCGUCGGCUGCCGAGACAGAGGACGCGUUGCUACGUGCAGCAAUGCAGGAAAUAUUCUACACCCACCACAACAACUCCAACGUCGCCCUCUGAUCCAGCUCAAUUGCCCGAGGGCAGACUCAAUCCGUCACGCGACGACUACUCCAUCACUCCCUUUGCAGACCGCUGCGUUCUCACUCUCGCUGCUGGGUCUGGUGGUCAUGGCUGCGUAAGCUUCUUGCGCGAGAAAUAUAUCGAGGAUGGGCCCCCCAAUGGUGGAGAUGGCGGGACAGGAGGAAACGUCUAUAUCCAGGCCGUCAGAGGCGAAACAUCGUUGCAUAAACUGGCACGCAGACGCACGAUAUUCGCAGGAAGAGGCAAGAAUGGCCAAGGCAAAACCAAGGGCGGCGAAAGAGGCGAGGAUGUGCUCCUCACCGUGCCAGUCGGCACCGUCGUUCGCGAAAUCACUAGACAUGAUCCUGUAGGAAACGAAGAGAGACGGAUAUUCAUGGAGCAGGGAGGUCUUCAGCCGGGAGAGAAUGACACAGGCUUUGAGGGUGGAAAUUGGCAAGACAAGAAAUGGCUGCUCUACCCUGGUAUCCCAGCCUCGAAAAUUGCGUUGAUGCCUAUGCCAAAGGUACCACCGCCGCGAAGAUCACCAUUAGCUGCAAUGGAGCCCAGCGGCCCCAUUCGCCUCGACCUAGACAAACCUAUGGAUCGGCCUAUGCUGCUCGCUGCGGGUGCUGUAGGAGGUCUAGGCAACCAGCACUUUGUAUCAGAAGAGUUGCGCAAACCUAUGAUGGCUACGCGAGGAGCAGAUGGGACGAAAAUAUCCGUGCAGCUUGAGCUCAAGCUGCUGGCGGACGUCGCAUUGGUCGGCCUGCCGAACGCUGGGAAAAGUACUCUGCUCAGGGCGAUCAGCAACAGCAAUGCUCGGGUUGGCAGCUGGGCCUUCACCACGCUGCAGCCAAACAUUGGCACGGUAGUUCUAGACGACCACAAAGGCCGCCCCAAGUUGACUUUGCGCGAGACCAGCGGCGAGACUCGACCCAACUUUCUGAUCGCUGACAUCCCAGGACUGAUAGAGGACGCACAUCUCGACAGAGGACUCGGGCUGGGCUUCCUCCGCCAUGUCGAGCGCGCUGCAUGCCUUGCAUUCGUCAUCGAUCUCUCUGCAGGUGACGCCAUCGUCGCGCUGAACAGUCUGUGGAAGGAAGUCAGCGAGUACGAGCUGCUCCGCGAGAAACAGCUGUAUGCCGAAUCGCAACGAACGGUCAACUACAAACCCUUCAACAACGAUCUUGAGCAUCUGUCCAACGCCGAUUUUGUCACAGCGCCAGACCAGGACGCACACCCACUCCCAUCCCUCGCAUUGCCUCCUCUGUCUGCCAAGCCCUGGUUCGUCGUCGCAACAAAAGGUGAUCUCCCAGAAACACAGCACAACUUUGGCGCACUCCAGUCCUACAUGCAAGCCAUCGCGGCAGGCAGACUGCCGCAUCCCUCAGGCAAGGCAAACGCCUGGAAGAGAGUGCUUCACGCUGUUCCUGUCAGUGCCAUUCGCGCAGAGGGUACCCAACGCAUUGCCGAGGUCGUCGUCGAGCUGCUGCAGCCAGCGGCGGUAGCGUGAUGUACAAUCGAGGCGCAGCACCGCAGCAGCACCGCAGCGCC